GUGUUGUUUGGCUAAAAGUGACAUGGCAGUACUAAAAUGUCCCAGCAAUAAGGGUUAAACGGAGUGGUCACAUAUAGAAUUAUUUUAUUACAGUAUUGAAACUAUGCAACUCUGGGGCUCCACCAUUUGGGCUGUUCAGGAAAUAGGAAGAAGGAGAUGCCUGUGUGACGGGCAGUGUACAGGACGGCCUGAGUGCUGAGCGCAGACCUCUAGGAUCAACAGUGGAGUGAGGAGGUUGUUGCCGGCUGGAUAGUAAAGUGGACCGGUAACUGCUGUAUAACUGAAGGACUACUCCAGACAAAUAAAGGGAAGGGAAGAUAAAGGAACAGAACAUCUGGCAGAAUCCAUAGAAGAAUCCAUGUUUCUCCUGUGCCUGCUGUGUGCGGUGUGCAUGGUUUCCAGCGUCCGUGGAAACAUCUUAACCGAAAAUGUAACGCUGGCAAGACUGGGUGAAAGUGUGACUUUGAGAUGUAAAUUACAAAUGCCAGGGGAACCUAUUCAGGUGACAUGGCAGAAGAUUGUAAGAAACAAAGAGGAUCAGGUUGCAACAUACACGGCUGAGGGUGGCCAAAAAGUCCUGGCGCCAUACCAGAACAGAGUGAACAUCACCGUGUUGGGAUUAAAGGAAACUGCCAUUACCGUGUGGAACACCCAGGCUGAUGAUGAAGGGAUGUACCCCUGUAUUUUCAAUAUUUUUGCAGUUGGUUCUGUAAAAGGGAUAACUUAUAUCAGCUUUGGUGAUGUGCUGACAGAAAAGUCCAAAGCCGUAAGGCUGGGUGAAAGUUUAUCUCUAAAAUGUGUCCUUCGGAAACCUGUGGAAGUUACUCAGGUGACAUGGCAGAGGACUGUAAAAGAUAAACAAGACAAUGUUGCAAUUUUCCGGAAGGAAGGGGUGGAAGUCAUGGACACCUAUAGAAAUAGACUGAGAUUCUCCAGUCUGGAUCUGAAUGUAACCGAGAUCAUUGUGUGGAAAGUACAGGCUGGUGAUGAAGGAGCCUACCGCUGUCUAUUCAAUACUUCCAUGUCUGGAACUUUAUCAGGGGAAACCUCUAUUUAUGUAUAUGAACCCCUCAAUGCAAACAUGGAAGUCAAAUCCCUAAAUGGCAGGACAAACGUUACUUGUUUGGCUACCGGCUAUCCACAACCUAAUACUACCUGGAAUGGCGUGGGAGAAGGAAAUCUAAAUGGGAGCAAGUUGGAGACACACGGUGGCAUUGUAACUGUAAAAAGCUGGAUUGUUGUAAACGCCACCGAGAGCGAAGUGAGGGAGAAGCUGGAAUGUCGAGUUCAAAAUGGAGAAAAGCCAAGAAUCUUUAAAAUACCGGUGAAAUCAUAUCCCCAAACAACCAUAGUAGUGCUAAUCGUAGUGUUGCUGGUGUUGGUCCUGGCCCUUGUAUUAGUGAUCUGUCGAGCCAAGAAAAGGAGAAAGUAGCGGGAUGUGUCAAGGUUCGGGUUUAAAUACAACAGAGAACCAGGCAGCUGCUGUAUGUAACUUCUUGUGGAGCAGAGAAGAAGUUAUUUCUGUUAGUGUUAAUUGUUUGCUUUAAGAUGGAAUAUGCAUUUCAUGUGCCACAGGGCCCCCGAAGAGUUGCUUUAUAGGUAGAAGGGGGACUAAUAAGGACCUGCAGUCCUCCAGCACAGGGGAUUGUGUGUCCUGUACCUGGUGUUUGUGGGGCAUGUGCUCCUGAUGAUUGCCCUUGUUUUCCCCACAAGAUAUAGGGCCCCCCCCAGUGAUCUCCUGUGAAUGUGCAGCCCCACACAUACAGUAUACACCAGUAUCCUGAAGUACUAGGCAGUGCAUAACAGAUCAUUUUGUGAGCCUACAAGGGAGAAAGCAGGGCAGACAGUUGGGGUGUGGGAAGGAAAGAAAAGGCAUGUAUUUGUAGUUGCUUUUCAAAAAGCCAAAACAUGCUGUUAUUUAAAGGGAAAUAUACCCCUUUUCUUGACAUGGAUUUAUACAGUUGGGCAUAUGUAGAAAAAGUAUAUAAACAUAAUCUGAUCUUCCAGAAACAGAGACAUACCUGAUUCUAAGAUUAAAAGGAGACCGUGAUAGUCUGACCCACCGGUGCUGUGACCCAACCGCUCCGCACUGUUUGCCUUUUACCUCCUGGGGAGAGGAGAGGGGAGAGGGAGCGCACCCAGGGGCGCUUGGACAGGGGAAUGGACUUGGGUCGGUGGGCCAGGGCCCAAUUCAACCCUUGUCUGGUUCUGUUAACACAGUAUAAUGCAACCCCUGCCUUACUUAGUUCCAGUGCAAUGUGAUGGAUUCUGCAACUUGAAAUCCCUCUGCUUUCUAAAGGGACUAUAGAAAGCAGAGGGGCUUCAAGUCCCAGAAUCCUUUACUUCAAGAGAGGGGUUGUAUUAUACUGUGAGCCUAAGGGAUGAUGGGAAGUGCUUUGUCGGUAGCAUGAUUUCCUUUCAAUCUGUGGAAUUGGCUAUGUCUUUCAAAAAUAAGGUGCUUUCUACCUAAGCCCAAGUGAAUGAGCUUAUGUCAAAAAGGGGGGCAUGUUUUCCCUUUAGGGCGCUGCUAUUUCUGUGCCAUGCAUGCUAGUGAAUGUGUUGGGGAUCACUGUUGCGUUGGUUCCUGUAAUUGUUCCUAUUUCCUGUUUCAAAGACCGGGACAGACUGUGGCAAAAACACCCAAAGUGCCUUAAGUUUUAUAUUUUGUUAUGAAUAUAUACAAAUAUAUGUGUGUGUUGCACAUAGGAACCAGCUGUUACUAAAACAUAAUAUUUUUUCUAAACAUAAAAUAAAGUUGUUUGAGAAGCAA